AUGGGCAAGGCGAAGGACGCAAAGGAUCAGCCAGAUGCUGGAUUGAGGAGCUUGGAUCACUAUGCAAACCGACUACCGCUCUGGCGCUACUGGCCACGACAGAAGCUGAUCCCUCUCGUACGAUAUGAGACGCCAUAUCUUGCCUGGCUGCAGGAGAAAGUCCGCACCCCGACGUUGGACUCGUACUUUGCGUUCACGGCGAACCUCGGCACGCACACGUUUUUCAUGGUCUUUUUGCCCUUCCUAUUUUGGUGCGGCCAUACCAGUCUCGGUCGAGGACUCGUGCAUAUUCUCGCGUCCGGCGUCUUCUUUAGCGGCUUCAUCAAGGACUUGCUAUGUCUGCCUCGGCCUUUAUCUCCUCCACUGCAGCGCAUCACCAUGUCCGGCUCCGCUGCACUCGAAUACGGGUUUCCCUCGACGCAUUCGACCAACGCCGUGUCGGUUGCCGUCUACGCUAUUGCGCUCCUCAAUUCGCCUGACUCGACGGUCCCCCCGCAAACCAACUUUAUCCUCCAGGUAGUCACAUACCUCUACGUGACAUCAAUUGUGAUAGGUCGGCUAUACUGCGGCAUGCAUGGAUUUUUUGACGUGAUUGUUGGUUGUGUUCUGGGCGCGUUGAUUGGCUUGGUCCAAUUUAGUUACGGCCCGGCUUUUGACGAGUAUAUUUUGUCUGCGACUCUGAAGGAAAUCUUGGUGAUUCCCAUUGUUAUUCUGAUUCUGGUUCGCAUUCAUCCAGAACCGGCCGAUGAUUGCCCUUGCUUCGAUGAUAGUGUGGCGUUCGCGGGUGUGACGCUCGGCGUGGAUGUAGGAUCGUGGUAUUUUACCGGGUCCAGUCUGGCUUGGGCUGACCCUCUCCCGGGAACCAUUCCAUACAACUAUGAGAGCAUUGGCUUGAUCCGAACUGUGCUCCGCCUUGUUGUCGGUGUGCUGUGCGUCUUUGCUUGGAGAGAGAUUACGAAACCAACUUUGUUGCGCAUCCUCCCACCUAUUUUCCGCAGUCUGGAGAAGGUUGGCCUUCUCUUGCCCCGUCGCUUUUUCACUACCGCGUCGCGAUAUACUACUGUUCCGUCUAAUCUAAAGGAUACUGAGGUGUACCCCCAAUUUUCGGAUAUUCCUUCCAUCAUCACCACCAUCCGCCAUCCUCGCCGUCGGGCAAUCUCUAUUGGCCCUCAGUCCGAGGCCGAUGCGUAUGAGACUCUUGCUUACCGGGAGAAGCGCCGACGUGAGAGCCUAUCAGGAAGCAACCGUGACUUUCCUUCCGAUGAGAACGGCAGGCCUAAUGGUGGGCAUAUGCUGUCCCGGAAGCCAUCUAAGCUGGACCAGUACGAACACAUGAUGGGUACUGGUAGUCCGAGCGCGUCCAUGGUAGAGGAAGAUUCUAAUAUCCCUCGCUCAUCGCCACUUCCGCCCCCACAGUAUGAUGGAACUAGUCGAACAGAAGAGAAGGAGGUUUUCUCCCAGAUUAAGAAGCCCCGGGUACGAUAUGACGUAGAGGUUGUUACCAAGCUGGUUGUAUAUGCAGGAAUUCCAUGGAUUGUCAUCAAUGGGGCGCCUCCCGUUUUUGAAAUGCUUGGUCUCGGGGUUCCCUCUUCGUAG